CGGUAGGAGGAGCCGGGGCUGCGAGGGAGGAGCCGCUCCGGCUCGGCAACACGGUGAUCCGGAGCAAGGUGCAGAGGGAGCCGGGCCCAGCCGGGGGCCCGGCCAGCUCCGCCCCAGGAAUCCCGGUGCCACGGCAGCAGAGUCCCCGCCUCCAGCAGAGCCGGUGCAGCGGGCGGAAAGAGCCGUAUCGCAGAGAUCCCGGGCUGGCUGCCGCCUGCCGGGGGAAGGGAGCUGGGCACCGGGGUAGGGAUGAUCCGCGCCCGGGGAGGUCCCGGCCCCUGAUGCGGCUCUGAAGCCGGAUGACAGCGCAGCUCCCUUCCCUCCCCUUCCCCGGUCUCACGGGCCCCGCGGCUGCUUCGGUUCUGGCUCCCCAUAUCAUUAGCGGUCGGGCUCAGAUCCCUUCGAAUCCGGUGUGACCCACGCGGUGAUCCGGCUCCGAUCUGGAUAUAGACCCUCCUUCUUGGUGACCCGGAUUGCACGGUACCCGGUUCCGCUGGGGAGUGCACACCUUUCCCAUCCCGGGAAUCGUCUUCCUUGACUCUACCCAUAACGGCGUCGAAUUUUGCAGCCGCCACAAGGAUUGGAGACUAUCUACCUGCUUCUAUUUGGAUUGCACAGAGUUUGGUUGCACAGCAGCGCUGCACUGACCCGAUUGCACAACAUCAGCACCGACAUAUCUCCAGAUUGCACGUUAGUUACUUGCAGGAAUUGGGAUUGCACAGCAGCCUUUGCACAGGUCCAUACUGCACAUUACUUACCUGCACCAAUCCGGAUUGCUCAAUAGCCUUGGGCUAAUCCACACUGCACAAAAUCCUUUGCACUAAUUAGAUUGCACAGCAGAUCCCAGCACUGAUUGCACCUGCACUGAUUUGGAUUGCACACUAUUCACUUACACCAAUUCAGAUUGCACAUUAUUUACCUGCACAGAUCCAGAUUGCAUAGCAGCUUCUGCAGGUGUCUGUGUUUUUGCUCACUGCCAAAACUGGUGAAAGAUGUUACCAGGGUCUAUCCAGAUCUCUGGGGAGACUUUAUCAAGUGCUGAGAUCCGGGACAUUUGCGAGAGCCUGCGGGAAAACUCGGUGCGACUGCUGUCACUCCGGGGCUGCCAGCUUUCUGACCGGGAUUUCGGGCGCAUUUGCCGAGGGGUAGCGGAAUCUCACUCCUUGGCUCAGCUCAACCUCAACCUGGGGAUUGUGUCCAACAUCAAUCGGGUCAAGCAACUGGCAGAAGCCCUGAAGACAAACCGCUCCAUCCAGUCUCUGUUCCUCCAUGGGAGCCCCCUGACAGACGCUGGCCUAGCUCUCCUCAAUCCAGCGCUCUCCAUCCAUCCCUCUCUGGUGGCUUUGGACUUGGGAGACUGCAUGCUGGGUGACGAGGGCAUCAACUUGAUCUGUGGGCUCCUGCCUCCUGAUGGAGCCAAGUCGGGCCUUAAGGAGUUAACACUGAGCGCAAACCCGGGUGUCACGGCCAAAGGUUGGGGGCGCCUGGCCAUUGCAGUAGCUCACAGCUCCCAGGUGCGAGUGUUGAACCUGGACUACAACCCCCUCGGUGACCAGGUAGCAGGGAUGCUGGCUGUUGCUGUGGCCUCCAGUCGCACCCUGGAGGUUCUGGACUUGGAAGGAACAGGACUUACCAACCAUUCAGCCCAGACCUUGCUGGACAUGGUGGAGAAUUACCCAACCGCCCUGCGGACGCUGAUCCUGGCAGAGAACAGCAUCAGUCCCGAGCUACAGCAGCAGAUCUCGGACCUGCUCUCCGAGGGUGAGGAAGAGGAGGAGAAUGAGGCUCAUGAAGUCACGGCCAGGGAGAAGAACCCCUGGAUCUGCCAGAGCAAUCCCACCUCCCAGAUGGUCUUGGUGACGUCAGGUCUGGGCGAGAGCCUCUUAGCAGAAACAGAGAUGUGACUAGGAUACUCCUGCAGCGUCUACUGAGAAAAGCACUGUUUGCCUGUAUGGGUGGGCCGUGUGCAAUGCGUGCAUGGAGUAUGUGUGUGUGUGUUCAUGCCACACAGGCUGGGUGAAUGUCUGUGCUGUGUGUGUGCAUACCCUGCUGUGCCCAUGCCCACGUGCCUCCAGGAGGCCAGCCCCAAUU